CUCAAACACCAGGACUGAGUAGACGGAGGGGCGGGUGCAGAGCUAGGUGAACUUGCGGAUCUCGGUAGUGGGGCGGAGCGCGCCCGCUCCCACCGCCCCGCCCUAGGAGGCGGGGCUCGCGCCCGCGCAGUAACCACGACGGCGGCGCGGCGGUGCAUUGUGGGAGCCUCGGGGAUCGCUGUCUUCUCAGCCCACGCGGGUCGCGCCGCUGUUGCCGCCACCGGACACCGGGCGAGAGCGUCCGCAGAGCCCGCGCGCCGGUCCUGCCUGCGACUAGCCCAACACCCAGGGUAGAGAGGGAGAGUUGGAGCCGGAGUUCCCUCCGCGCCGCCAGGACACAUCGGCCUGGUCUCGGCCACCGCCGCGCCCGCCGACCGCCCUGGAGCCGCUGAAGGACGUCCACCUGGGCCUGGCCCCGCCCGGCCGCGGCCCCGCUCGCCUGGCCCUCCUCUCGGGCCACUACCUUUACUAUCACUACGGCUGCGACGGCUUGGACGACCGGGGCUGGGGCUGCGGCUACCGCACCCUGCAGACGCUGUGCUCAUGGCCAGAGGGCCGGCCCGCGGGCGUGCCCGGGCUGGCCGAAGUGCAGGCGGCCCUGGAGGACAUGGGCGACAAGCCCCCCGGGUUCCGGGGCUCCCAGAGCUGGAUCGGUUGUGUAGAAGCCAGUCUCUGUCUCGACCACUUCGGAGGGCCCCAGGGGCGCCUAUGUCACAUACCCCGUGGAGCAGGGCUUCAGGGGGAACUGGAGAGGCUUUACUCCCACUUCGCAGGGGGCGGGGGGCCUGUAAUGGUUGGGGGGGAUGCGGACGCCCAGUCCAAGGCCUUGCUGGGGGUUUGCCUGGGAUCAGGCACGGAAGCCUAUGUUCUGAUACUGGACCCUCACUUCUGGGGUGCCGCGAAAAACCCUAGUGAACUACAGGCUGCUGGGUGGGUGGGAUGGAGAGAGGUGGGCACAGCCUUUGACCACAACUCCUUCUACAACCUGUGUUUGACCAGCCGCAACUCCCAAAAGCAGCAGCACGCACUGGACUGAGGCUAAGGUCCCAGAACUGAGAGGUCUCUGGCCCCAAACACAGUCACCUACCCCCUUUCUUAAACGUAAAAGCUACCCUGGGCCUUUGAAGUCCAUAAAAUGGAUGGCCCGAGCCCAUCUUGGGGGGGGGGGGGGGAGAAUUUGGGGUGGUAUGUAAUAAACAGUCAGUCACUAUGGAAGUGCUUUUAUUGGCAGUAGGGUUGAACGUACAAAAAAUUCUCAACUGGAUGGGAGGAGGCAGUCACAAGUAUAGACGAUACCAGGAAUGAGGAAAAGCU